AAGGGGGUCUGUCGAUGUGCGCUCCAUUUCUCAAUAGAACUGCAAAGUGGCGCUUGGCUGCCGUUCAUUUACUAGUCGCCGGUGCGAACCCCGCAAACUCUCCACUUUCUAUUUAAUCCGUGUUAUUAGCGUGAUUAUUUUUGCCCUUUUUUAAAUUUUUAUUCUUAUUAUUUUUGUAUGCAUUUCUUGUUCUUUCGAGAAGUGACAGUUCUGCCCGGUGUGCACGCGCGCCUGUGGGAUUCGGAGCCGACGCGAGUGGACUUUGCCCAAUGCAAAACUACAUGUAUGAGAAAGCCAUGGCCCAAGAGACGAGGAACGGGGGGAGCUCGGCGUUAAACAACAACAACAGCGGCGUCGACAACACCAAGAGGAAGCUCCUUGUUGCACUGGACAUCUUGUGUCUGCUACUUGCUAGCCUGCCUUUCCUGAUCAUUGAGACUAGCACCAUAAAGCCGUACCAGCGCGGGUUUUACUGUUCGGACGAGUCCAUCCGCUACCCCCAAAAAGAGGGCGACACCAUUAGCGAUGCCAUGCUUUGCGGUGUUGGCAUUCUUAUUGCCAUCAUCUCUAUCGUGAUCGGAGAAUCGUACAGGAUUCACCAGCUGCACGAGGGGACAAAGUCCUUCGUGGGGAACCCUUACGUGGCAGCGUUCUACAAACAGAUAGGCGUGUUCAUCUUUGGCUGCGCCAUCAGCCAGUCGUUUACAGACAUCGCCAAGGUGUCGGUAGGCCGCCUGAGGCCGCACUUUCUGGAUGUGUGCAAGCCGGACUUCGCCGCCAUCAACUGCUCACUGGGCUACAUCACCGAGUACACGUGCAGCGGCAAGGAGAGCGACGUGCAAGAGGCGAGAAAGUCUUUCUUCUCCGGACACGCUUCUUUCUCCAUGUUCUCCAUGCUCUACCUGGCGUUCUAUCUCCAGUCCCGGUUCACUUGGCGGGGCGCCCGUCUCCUGCGCCCCCUGCUGCAAUUCACCCUGCUGAUGAUGGCGUUCUAUACCGGCUUGUCGCGCGUCUCCGACCACAAGCACCACCCCACUGACGUCCUGGCGGGCUUCGCGCAGGGAGCGCUGGUGGCCUACUGCAUAGUAUACUACGUGUCGGACCUGUUCAAGCCCCGCCCGAAGGCGGCCACGCCUCCUCCGUCGCCCAUCAAGAAGGAGCUCCUGCCCUCGUCCGACAUCAUCGAGAGGAACAACCACCACAACAUGGUGUGAGGAAGACCACUGAUCUUCCUCUUCCUCGUCGUCCUGCGACCCACGUCGCUGCUUAAACCCCACCCCCCCCCCCCACACACACACACACACAGACACUCCCCCACCCCUCCCUCAUCGGACAGUAGAAUGUAGCUAAAGGGCAAACUCAACAAACCCCCCACGCAAUCCGCGAGGAGCCCCAUCCUGGACGGCGGUUGGCGGGUGCCGUGGGGGCGGGGUUUACUACCAGAUCCGGAAAAAUAAAACCACAAAUUGGAAAAUGACAGGCGGAGCUUGAAAGAGAUGAUAGAAGAACAACAACACCAAGAAAAUGAAGAGACAAAAACAAACUUCCUGCAGAAGGGAGCGAAGGAAUUCUCGCGAUGUUUACUCUCUGAAGUCUCCGUGGCCUCGGAGCGGCAGCACCAACAACUUCCUCAGCGACGGGAAGGAUGGAAAAUGUAAUUUAAAGCACUGUUUUUCUUUUUUUCUUCUUUUUUUUCCAUUUUUAUUUUGUAAACGUUCAUUGUCCGCGAUCACCACUCGCCGCCCGGCGCGUCCAAGCGGAAACCCGACCGCGUCACGCCGGCCUCGCUCGGUCGGGGCGUUCUGCCCGGCGGGCUCAGUGCGGCCUAAAACCCGGGAUGUUGCAUUUAUUAUAGAUUUGGGUGAAAAUGGGUUAGGGGGAGGGGGGGGUGGUUAGGGUUAGGGGAGGGUGGGGUUAGGACAUUUCCGGAAGAACCAAAAAAGCACUACAUCCUUUACAUGUGACCUUUAUUUGACCCUAUCACAACUUUUGACGGACCUUUUGUAGAACUUGCUGUUAGGAACCGAAUAGAAAAAUUGGACUAAUUGAUCUAUUUUUUGGGGGGGUGGGUGGGGGGGGAUUUCCCCAAAUCUGGACAAAAGUUAGAAAAGGUCAAAUUAAAUGCACCUUGUAAAGGUCGCCACGCAUUUUAGGUUCCUGCUGAAUUCCCACCCAAGGUGAAUAUCAUAUUGCAUAAUGGGAGGAGUUUACGUAAGAGGCGUGGCUGUGCCUUGGGACCUCCCUCUGGGGGGGUUGGGCGUUCUGAUUGGGAGAAUUUAAAAGGGGUGGGGUUUGGGUGAUUGACAGCCAGUAUGGCACAUCAUGUCGGGGCGGUUGGGGGCUCUUUCUGCUGGCCGGGAGGGGCUCCAAACCCACCCCAGUCAAUCCUCGGCAAUGAAUGUGUGUAUGUGUGCGUGUACGUGUGCGCAUGUGUGUGUCGUGGUUCUAGAAAAAACAAACUGUGGAUCUCCUGUUUUGAAACGUCUCCCUUUUCAAUUUUCACACACACACACGGUUGCACAUCUUCAUCAGAGUUACAGUCCGUCCGAUCGCCUCUCUAAGCUGUUUUCUCUUUUUCUUUUUUUUCCAUAUAUAUAAAAACAUAUAAAUAAUGUAUAGAUCACUAAAAAAAAAAGAAAAGAAAAAGUAACCGUGUACAUGUUUUCGAUAUAUCCACUAUAAUUGCAGACCUGUGUUCUUUGUAAAAUGCUGCUUGAAAAGCAACAACGGACAGAAUUUUUUUUUUUUUGUUUUGUAUCUAGACAAGUCAACCUAUCGUAGAUUGUCAUAAUAACGUUUUGUAAUAUGCACUCGGUAAAUACAGCCGCAGUUUCUAAUCAAUCCCACGUGAGUAUUUUUGGAUUGUUUGUGUUUUGUACAAAAGAAAUUGUGGCAGUUGUUGUUGUUUUUUUUCCUGCCAAAUGUACCAAGCGCUACUCCAUGUGCUUUUCAAUAAAAAAAAAAAAAAGCUCGUUAUGAA